GUAUGUCAACUAAGCAAGGCAGUAAGUCACUACUUGUGGACCAUUGCGUUGACUUCGCUGUUGGUGAUUUAAGGCUUAGAUAUGGCUUUUGGAAUUAAUUUGGGGCUUGUCCUCGUUUGUUCAUUGUUUGCAGAACACUUAAGCUAUACAUGGGCUCCACAUGAUGCCCAGAGAGUAAGAGGCUAUGGGUUUUCUGGCUCUUCCAGAAUGGCAGUUGAGCAGAGACAAACCGGUGGCAGCUAUCCCCAGGAUCAAUUCAGACCAGCCUCUAGUACUUCUGGUUCAGUCUGGAGUGAAGAUGCCCACCGCGGGACUGGACCGAACACCCUCAGAGGUGUUGCUCCAAGCGCCAGCCAGCCAGGUCCAAGGGGCUCUGGAUCUACCCCAAGCAGCCAUUUCACCUCCGCCCAGACAAAGGGUAAGAGGACCCGCUCCAAGAAUACCGACAUUCGCCUCUCUGGCUCUAUAGCCAGUGGAACCUCUGUCAGACAGAACAAGCAUCACACCAUGGCCAGCAGAACCUCUGGGCAAAGUGUCACCAACCCCAGUGCAGUAAAGCCAGUUUCAAGUUGGGAGGCAAAGAGAAUCCAGCCCAACACUAUUCAUUCAGUACAACCUCACUCGAGCAGCUCUGGAUUAGUUCAGAAUCCCCCUGUUAGUAAUCUGAAACGAUCUACUCCUAACAACUAUGGCUCUACCCAGAGUGGAACAAGGUUCUCCACCUCCAGACAACCCAACCAAGGCCUUGUCCAGACUCAGAGUAGAGGAGCCCCCAGCCUCUAUGUUCAAGCUGCUACCCACACCACCUUCCUCACACGCUAUGUCCAGGACCUGAAGCAAGGGAGCAGCUCCUCUACCCUGGCUUCCAAGGGACCAAUAGAAAUCUCUGCCCAGUCAAUUUCCACUCGUGACCGUGAAGUUCCCGCAAGUGGUUCUUCACAAACUAAAUUUAUGCGUUUUGGUUCUACUCAAGGUGGGAGUGCAACAAAAAGCUACAAGCCCAGCUUCUCCCAAGAUGUUAUGCAAUACCAGAGCAGGUCUGAUAGUAGAAGUGGUUCGACCUCCAAUCAAUAUGCCCAAACCUCUGGCCAGAGCGAUGGAGCCUCUACCUCAAGUAGUGGCAUCCCCACUCCUAGCCUGGCCUCUCGCGCCAGUCUUUUUUACCCAAGCUCUACACGUAGUGGAAACUCCUAUGGCACCUACAAGCCUGGCUCUACCCUUAGUGCAACACCAAGCCAAAGCCUGUUGCCCUCUAACCAGGGUGGAAGGGGUUCAACCUACAGCCAGAAUGUCCUUGCUACACCUGCCCAAAGGAAGUAUGGACAAAUGUCUGCUCAGUGGAGGAGCUACCAGCCCAGCUAUACUGCCAGUAGUGGGCCAAUCUCCAGCCUCUUCAAUGCUGCCAGUUCUUCAACCUUCAUCCAGAAUGCCCCUGCCACAGCCCAGAAGCCAAGUAGCUUUGCCUGGGGGCAGGAUUAUAGCGAUCAGCCCAGCUAUACUCCCAAUGCAGUGAGGUCCAACCCUAGCUCUGCCAGAGGCCCUACCCAGAGCAGGACCAGCAGUGGCAUCUCCACCACCCCUCAACGCUUUGCCCCGACCAUCAUCCACAACAUCCCAGAAUGGUACGGUGGAUCUCCAAUCCAACGGCUUAAAGACCCUGCUCAGUAGGAGUAGUGCCUCCUCCCCUAGCCACUCCAAACCCAGCUCCUCAUGUCAGCAAACCACACUGCACUUGCCAAGUAGGAAGGCCCCAGCACUACCUACAUCUGAGUCCAGAGCUUUAGUAGACUAGGGGAGCCCAGAACACGACAAAGUGGGAUCUGUAGCCACCAGCUGGUUUUCUCCAUAUUUAAUGCCACUUAGGCUGUGUUUAGGUUUACACAGGCAGCUUAUUGAUCUUCUUGCAGCUCGGCUCUUGGGCAAAAGAUCAGAAUUGGGCUGCUUGUGUAAAUGCAUCCUUGGCACCUCUGAUGUCUUUGCGUUCAUGUAUGCGUAUUAUAAUCUGUUUGUCUUCUAGGAGCUAAGACAUGGACUUGAUGCCAGGAUUCUCUACUUAAAUGGUUUUAAAUAAAAUUGACUAAUACA